AUGGUAAGACUCACUGACGAUGCCGACUUCGAUGUCAACCUCGAUGCUGACUACGAUGCCGGCGAAACGUCUGGGAAUCUGACGACAGGAAAAAGCGAGCCACCCAUCAUGUGGCUAUCCGGUCUACAUCACCCACGCGCCUACUUAACCGCUUUGAUACAAAAGGCUUGUCGAAAGAAUGGCUGGUCUCUUGACAAGUGCACUUUACAUACUAGCGUAACACAAGUGGCGCCAGACGAGCUUCACACCAUUCUGAUGGCACCAGAGUUGGGUUGCAAUAUUUCCGGCCUAUUUCUUGAAGGUUCAGCCUGGGAUAUUGAAGGUGCGGGGAGUUUUGAUCCAAGGCUGGGGUUUAAUCCGCAAUCCUCUCCCUUUGGAUCCAAUCAGAGUCCUCGCUUGCUCCCUAGAAUCCCUUAUCUGACUGCUUCAAUGAUUUCACGCCAUUGGUGCCACCGUAUCCGUGCUACUCAAGGCGUUAUGUCUGCCUGA